CCCCGUCGCGUGGCUGUGUGUCAGUUUCAGUGGAGCCCGCGGUUGGUGCCGGUGCGGAGGGGGAUGGGCGCCUCUGCGAAUGUGAGCACCCGAGAUAGAACCAGAGCCCUGGAUCACAUAGAGCAGCAUAUACCCCAUUAAGUAAAUAUACCACACACCAAAAUACAUGGAUUUACCCACCAAGGACCUGUCAUAGACACUGAAUGGAUGCACUGCACCUGGACAGACAGGGGAUUUAACUUUACGCCUUUGCGUGGGAGACACCAAUAAGUUUGUUUUCUUCCCCUGGAGAGGGAGCUACUUUUAAGGGCAAAGGAUACAGGAGACUCCGAGGCCUGCGCACAGGCCUACUAGGCUGGUUGGAUUUGAUGUUGGGAUACUCUGAUGACUCGCUACUGUGUAUGAAUUUACGUCGUUUGUACACCUUUGGAAUGCCUCUUUAGGUCCCCCAUGACCGUGAGCCGUGGGCUGCGGCUCAGUGGCACCCCACUUCUGGAGUGGUCUGCUGCUAUAGCUGGGACCCUGUGAUUCCUCACCCCACCUCUCCAUCUCCCCCCAUCCCAUCCUGUCCCUCCCCCUCCCCCUCCCACCUCCCCUCCCCUGUCUUCCCCCCUCCCACGCGCCGCUGUGCUGGACGUCAUGAGCAUAGUAAUUGCGCUGGGAGUCACCACACCUGAAACGUCUUACUCAGAUAUGGCUGCUGGAUCCGACCCUGAGUCAGUUGAAGCAAGUCCUGCCGUGAAUGAGAAAAACUACAACAACCACAGCUGUGGGAGCGCACAGAGUCAUGGGUAUCGGGGACUACCAUAUGCUAUGCAACAGUCUUCCGUUGUGUGUUGUCAGGAUCACAACUAUGGCGCACCCCCACCCCCCACCCCACCAGCCUCCCCGCUUUCCCAAACCAUCAUCCCCCGCAUGGAUCUCAACGGCGUCGUCCUCGGCUCCCGUUAUCAUGAAACUACAGAGGACAACUCAGCAGACAGCGACAGCUCCUCAGACGAGGAAGGGGCCGUGGCCGGCUGGUGUCACUGCAGCCUGACGCCGGAUGGCCUGCUCAUCAAGUGUGACAACUGCAGAGGACUUGACAGGAGGAAAGAAGCAGAGGGCCAACACAGAAAGACUGAAAAUAUCUCAGCUGGAGAAAGUAGUGCCACAGAGAGUGGUGAUGAAGAGGUGUCGCCGUCCACCGUCUCCUACACCGCCACCCAGCACACACCCACCAGCAUCAAACUCAUUGUCAACCGGGUCAAAAGGAGCAAAUCCAAAAAGAGGAAGAAGAGCACAGAAAAGGCUCGUGGGACACCAAAAGGCAAAAAGGUCAAGGCUUUUAGAGAGGGUUCCCGGAAGUCCAUGAGGAUGAAGAACUCAACAACAGAGGCCAGCGUGCUGGAUGAGAACACAGCAGAGGGCUGGGAGAGCAGGAUCCGCCAGUGGACAGACCAAUAUGAGGAGUCUCUGGCAAACCAGUACAGCGCUGAUGUCCAGGAACUGAUGCAGCUUCAUCUUUCUGCCAGCACCCCCACCCCCAAAGAGGGGGGUGAGAGUGGUACCACAACGCCUUCCUCCACCACACAGAUCCACACCUCUGUUGAUGCCAUGGACACCAUCAACCACACUGAGCUGGCCUGUAACAACACAGUGCUGGGCUCACAGAUGCAGCUCCAGUUAGGGCGGGUAACAAGGGUGCAGAAACACAGGAAGAUCCUCCGAGCUGCCAAGAGCCUGGAACCAGACACCCUCAUAAUUGAAUAUCGGGGAAAGGUUAUGCUCAAACAACAGUUUGAGGUCAACGGGCACUUCUUUAAAAAACCCUACCCCUUUGUGCUGUUUCACUCAAAAUAUAACGAUGUCGAGAUGUGCGUUGAUGCACGGACCUUUGGAAAUGACGCCCGCUUCAUCAGAAGGUCCUGUACCCCCAACGCUGAGGUCCGACAUAUGAUUGUUGAGGGUAUGUUCCAUCUCUGCAUCCAUGCUGUCAGUCACAUCACAAAGGACACUGAGGUCACCAUUGGAUUUGACUAUGAGUUCAAUAACUGUCAUUACAAAGUGGAUUGUGCCUGCCAUAAGGGCAACCUGAAUUGCCCAGUGCAGAAGCACAACCUGAGCCCCAAGGAGAACUUUCUGAGUCCCCCUUCUCUGCUGCCUCCCUCUCCUCUGAUUGGUGCCGAGACCCGUCGGAGAAAAGCUCGCAGGAGGGAAAUCGAGGGCUGUUUGACCAGCGAUAGCAACCAGACCCUAGAUGAGCACCAGGAGGCCAAAGAGCUGCCGGGGACAAGUGAUGCAGAGGAGAGUCUAAUGGAUGAGAUGAAAGUGGAGGAUGGAGAGGAUGGAGAGGUGGAUGAAAAUGGGCUCCCCAUCUCCAGUAAAAAAACAUUAAACAGUCUGGUGAGUAGGAGGAGGAGAGUGGGAGGAACAGAGAUAAAGGAGGAGGGUGUAGAAACUGAGGACGGGGCAGGAAACCCCACAGGGAACACCCCCAUACCUCACAGCACUGGAGUAGGGGUCAGCACGCGACGUACCACCUAUGUGAUGGAAGCUUCAUCUAUUGAAGAAAAGACCUCAUUACCCUACCCUACUACCCCAGUUGCCACUCCUAAACCUGCACGACCUACAAAGCCUCGGCCCAAAAGUCGGAUCUCUCGCUACCGGUCGAGCUCAUCACAGCGGGCCCGGCGGCAGCGUCAAGCUCUCGCGCAGCAGGCAGCUGCAGCUGCCGCAGCUGCAGCGUUGGCAGCUAUGCCAUCAUCAGCUGAGCAAGGGGCUGCUCUGGAUGAGGAGGGAUCUCAGGGUCCAUAUGGCGGCGAACAUGGCCACGGAGAGAGCGGUCUAGGGGGUCAUCUACUUGAUGGAGACAGUCAGGCUCUAAACUGCAUAAAUAGAGGCAACAUGCGCGACCCCAAAACCAAGAAGUACCUUGUGACAGAGUGGCUGAAUGACAAGAUACCUGGAGGGGAGAAGGUCCAGCAAGAGGUGCUUGUUGAGCGCCCCCUGCGGAUAACCACUGACCCCACGGUGCUGGCCACCACCCUCAAUAUGCUGCCAGGUCUCUCCCACUCUUCGCUCAUUUGCACCGCACCCAGACACUACGUCCGCUUCGGCUCCCCCUUUAACCCGGAGAGACGCAGGCCCCGCCCACUCCAAAUGGAUGGCACUUAUGGCUGCUACAAAAAGAGAUGGAUAAAGCAGGUGGAGGAUGAAAGCUGUUCAGCCAGUAUAGAAGAUGGCACAGAGUCCACAUCCUCUCACCAAAGUAACAGUAGCAGAUCCACCCCCAACCCCCUGUCCACUGAGCUCAAUCCCCCAAUUAAGAAGCGUCUCUCCAAAUAUACGACAGAGACGACACCAGCCCCCUCAGACAACCUGCUUCGCCCACUAUCACCCAUCACGCCGCCACUCCCAGAGGAAUCCCCCCACCCACUGCUCCAUACCCCCUGUGGCUCCUUGCUGCCCAAUGGCCUGAUCUACUCACCAAUGCCCUCGCUACCCGCAAGCCGCUGCAACACACCUCUGCAAUUUGAAAACAUAUCGUCCCCUGAGGCGUCUCCUGUUCACCGGCCAGAGUCCAUCUCACCUGAGCCGUGUCUUCAGACAGACUUUGAAGUCCCUCGGCCUCAGUUCCCGGACCUGUCCCUCCCCUCCAGUUUAGAGAGCCCUGUGGCCAUGACCUCAGAUGACCUUUCCCUUCCUGGAUGCGCCUCAGGCCAAGAUUCCCAGGGUCCAUCAUGUGUUGGGACCAGCUCCCUAAACCCAGUGUCCUGUGCUCCUUCGGACCUAAACCCCCAAAACAGGGAGCAGGCCUUCAGGACAGAGUUCAACCUCAUAUACACCUGCUCGCCCCUUAAUGCAAACCUGGGAAACCCUGUGGCCCCCGAUUGCCGCCAGUCCCUGUCAGAGGGAGGCUUUUCCCCUGCAGAGUCCUUCCACAGUUCUAUAAGUGGCCAGGGGAUGAUGGGAGAUAUGGGCCCCGGCUCUAUGUCACCCUAUGGUGAGCCUCAUUAUGGGGGAGGCUACCCAGACAGUGGCACACCUCCUCACACCAGCAACCCACCACAAAAGAGGAAGAGGGCCAACCAGCAUACCAUUAGUCUGCUGACAGGGAAGCCAGAUUACCAGGCUAUAGCUGUAAGAAGUGAAUACAAGCCAGUACAAAAUAUGGUGUCUUUGCUGGAGUACCGCAAGAGGAAGCAGAGCAGCGGUCGAGACCCAGAGCCCUUUGGCAGCAGCUCCUCCCUGGGUGGCACCCCCACCCGGCCUGGCUCCCAUUACAGCGAAGAUUCCCAUCAUGCCCAUUCCCAUCAGCAGAUGCAGCCUCCAGCUACCCCACACAGCUCCUUCUCUUCCUCAACACUCAUGAACCCUAUCCCACAGAUAGAGGAGGUCAGUCCUCCAGACCACCAGGGCCCGUCUGCGGAGCCCAGGCACCAGGACAACAACCAGUGGAUGGUUCCCACUACUGUUGAACGUCUAAGGGAAGGCCAGGGCGCACUCGAGCGUGUGCUUAGAAGCAUCAAAAUGGAGCGGAUCUACAAGAGGAGUGACGGAUCGACAGAGAAGGAGUUUGAUGGGGAUCGAUAUGAGAUGCAAGCAGCGUCCAUGGCUUCUCCCAUGAAGAGUCCCAACAGAUACAGUCCCUCUGUGUACUCACAACAGUCAACAGAAAGCCACCGGCAGACUGACAGCCCGUCACUCCGUCAGCAGACCUCCACCUCUCCAUUCCCGGGAUCCUACAGUCCCUCAUCAGGCCAGAGCUUCUACGCACGCCACCCCUCCCACCCUGGACUUUCCCAGGACCACCCUCCAUCAACCUACCCCAGUCACUCCCCCACCGCCACCUCAUCCUCAGACUCGCGGCCGCCCGCAGAGUCUCUACACCAGCAGAGUAGCAGCAGUAACGCGGACAGAGCCCAUGGCUACGGCAGCAGCCACUUAAAAGCAAGUCUUUUGAACAGCAGUGGCCUGGCAGGGGCCCCCGCCCCAGGACCCAGGGCCCAUGGGCAGACUAAAAUAGACUCGGGCACCCUGGCCUCCAGAGGGAGUCAGCAGCAGGCGUCUCGCAGCCUGAAAUCGGGCAGCCCGAGCCAGGCGACGCUGCAGGCCAGCUCAAGGCUACUGUCGGCCUCUGGAUCGACACACUACCCACAGAGAGGGACGAGCCUCAGCCAGUUCCAGCACUCCCCUCUCCAGGGACCCGGAGUAAGGACACAGUCAGGAAGCUUUUAGGACCUUGUUCAAGUGUGUUUGUGUGUGUGUGAGCGCGUGAGUGUGUAUGAAGCUGUGUACCCCCUCAGCCCCUGAAGCUGUGGUGAAAUGGGGCUCAGGGAGUGUGAGGAGGGUAAAUGUACAGACCUAAGAGGAGCAAGGACUUCUUUAAGGAUUUCUCCUUUUCUUUUUUUCUGUCUAUUCUUUCUUUAUUUUCAGAAAAAAACAAAUGACCACAUUCUGCACAAAGCUAAUCAUUGACUUUGGACAUCAUUAUGGAAUCAGUGGAAAAGCAAUUUAGAUAAAACUCACAGAAAAAACAACAAGAAAUCACAUGUAACUUGAAAUUGUUCGCUGAUGUGCCGGACUGUGCAAACAAGCUCUCUGUCAAAAGCCAAAACAUCCUCACAAAUGUCUGUACAAAGUUAUAAGAAGUGUACCUGUCGUCAUGGCACCGAGGUUGGAUACAUGCUGAGAUGCAUAUAAAUGAGUCUGUGCUGCAGUAAAAGUGAUUGAUUAGGAAAAGGGGGAAAUAUUACAAGCAGAGGCAAAUUGUUAAUCAUCCGUUCUCGAGAUAUAUUCGAGGCAUGGGGAGGAGGAGGGGCGUUUCCUUUAUUAGGGUCAUUCCAUAUGAUUACCAGCCUCCAUGUUCUCUCACUAAACAUGACACAGCCCUUUUUUCCACAGUUUUGUCCGUUCCACUCUUCUGUUGUUGUUUUUUUUUAAGUUAUCUUCUGUUCUCUCACCCCCAAAGGACUGUUUUGAUUUCAAUUUAGGACGACUCCACUGUAGAAUUCUGAUAUUGUACUUGAGAUAUACAGGUCUUAUGAUUCAUGGUGCUGCAUUGUUUUUUUUGUUUUUUUGUUUUCAAUAAAUUUGAAAUCCAGUUAUGUUCCCCA